AUGUGGUACAAAAUCUCGUCCAAGAACACCUUUGUGGUACUGCUCGUCGUGACGAUCAUCUCUAUGACAUACACUAUCUUUGCAACCAACCAAGACUUAUCGAGCUCAAUUGCCCCUUUUUCAUCUUAUUCACGGCGUCAUCGGGUAGGUGUCUAUCUACGAAACCGGCAUCUUCCUGACCCCAUGCCACCAUCUAGCUGGAAUGUGACGUCAGUGCCUUCCUACAACGGGAGCAUCGUAGCGAACAAUGUUUCCAUGCCAACAAGAAGUCAUCCAGGAAACUGGUCCUCAAAGAUUUCAGCUUCAUCUCGCCCCCCAUCAUGUUAUCUCGUUCAAAACAUCGCGUACAUAAAGACGUUAAAGACAGGUUCGACGAGCGUACAGACAAUCAUUAACAGAUACGGGUUCUUUCAUAAUUUGUCAUUCAUUCUUAACCGCCGGUCGUCAUCGAAUGGCCAUUUCUACCAUCUCCCGUUCACAGAGAAAAUGGCAGAGACCCAUUUCUUACCUCCCAUUCCCGUCGCAGCUGAUGACUAUCCUAAUUAUAGAAACUAUAACAUGAUGGCGGUCCACGUUCGCUACCAGCGGGAUGUGAUGGAGAAAUACUUCGCACCAGACACACAAUACAUGACAAUCAUCCGAGAUCCGGGAGUGCAGUGGGAAAGUGCCUUUAAUCAUUUCCAAUUCCACGAUGCUAUCCUUCGUGAUGUAACCGUCAACUUGAAGUCAAAUGCCUUGGGUAAUUCCAGCCUUGUACAUGGGAAUCUUGCUUUCCGAGGAUGCAGAGAAGAGCUAUUGCAUAAAUUAGUGAAAAGGGGAACUGGCAAGGGCAAGGUCAAGGGCAAGGUCAAGGGCAAGGUCAAGGGAAAUACCAUAAAACAAAGGAAUUGUUCAAUACCAGAGCUAAUUGAGGAGUUUAUGGCAAAUCCCAAACAUUACCGGGAGCGUUUACGUUUCAUGACCUGGGAGGGGGUGAUGGGUAAAAGAUGGGCGUACGCACGAAACAACCAGAUUUACGAGUUGGGUAUGGAACCAGAGCGCCAUGAUAAUAUGACCGCUGUCAAAGAAUGGAUAUUUAAACUUCAAGACGAGUUAACGCUUGUCCUUAUCAACGAGUACUUCGAUGAAUCACUCUUGAUCAUGCGAAAACUCUUCUGUUGGACCUUUGAAGACAUCGUGUACAUUGCGAAGAAUGUUCGAGUCAAUGCUGGGGGUAUCGGCAUUACGGAUGCCCUGAGGGACAAAAUACGCGAGUGGAAUUCCGCGGAUACGCUCUUGUACGCGCAUUUUAAUCGCACGCUCUGGCGCCGUAUUGCCGACUACGGUCCGGGCUUUGAAUCCGAUUUAAACUACUUCAGAAUUUUGUUGGGAAAGGUAUUAAGUAAAUGCACGCAGGAGGCUGAAAAGACCAUUUGGAAUGGGCUGCAUCUUUUCGGCCAUCGGGAGCGCGUACCGCGUGGCAAUGCUAGCUUGUUCUGCCGGACAUUAGCUGAAUCCAAAACGAAAUUACACUACAGAAUUUAUUGUAGGCAGGAUAUCAAACGUGACUCGAAAGCUUGUCAGAAACCCCCCAUCCCCCCAAAAAACAAAAUUAAAACAAUUACAAAAAGUUUCUUUCCUAAGGCCGCCAUCACGUUCAAGCUCUAG